AUGAACGGUCCCCUUCCUUCAAACCGCUGUUUUCUCUCGGACCUUCCCUCCCUCCCGAUUGAUUCGAAAAUCCGAUUUCUCGGUUGCGUGAGAACAUACUUGAUCCGAACAGGCCACCUCGUUCUGGAGCACAACUAUCCCCACCGUGAACCCCCGCAAGAGCCAGCCUCGGUGUUGGUCGACGUCAAUGCCGUGCUAGAAUCGGUCACGGCCGAGGAAUUGCGUGUGGGUGCGUGGGUGACUGUGCUCGGGUAUGUGAGAAGAAGAAAACCAAGCGAAGAUGCCGAGGAUGCUGGCCCUGCCUCCGUGUUCCCGGCUAUCUACAUUGAAGCUGUGCUGGUGAUCCCGGCGGGUGCGGUGUCGUUGGGGGAGUAUGAGCGGAUUCUGCGGGACUCAUUGGAGGUUGAACGGCGAGUGAGGAGAGCGGUUUGA